UCUGGCCGUCAUGUGACGAAGUGACACCGCGAGGAAAACGUCAAGUGAGCAAAAUCCUCAUCCCGCAAUCUCCUGUUUUGCUGAUUUUCGCCGCGAAAUCGCAGUAGUUUCCGCGAGAAAACAGUCGGAGUGCCGUGAGUGGUGGCCGGGGUGUGCUGUGUAGUGCAAAACCGCGCAGAGGGGCGCCCCAAAUGCGGGCGUAGUGCGAAGUGACGAGGAGAAAAAAGAGGUUGCCAGAGCUGCGCUUCCUUGGAGAGGGGCCCCCACCUCCCCGCAGAGCGUGUGUUUUCUCCGCAGCGCACUUGUGUGUGCGACUCGACAGUCCGCGACCCCCACCUGACCGGCUGCACCAUGAGCGCGAUGCUCGAGGGGACGCUGAGCAAGUGGACGAACGUGAUGAAGGGCUGGCAGUACCGCUGGUUCGUCCUGGACGAGAACGCGGGCCUGCUUUCUUACUACACAUCGAAAGAGAAGAUGAUGAAAGGCGUUCGAAGAGGCUGUGUUCGCUUGAAGGGCGCAAUUGUUGGCAUCGAUGAUCAAGAUGUCAACACGUUUACAAUAACAGUGGAUCACAAGACAUUUCAUUUCCAGGCCCGCGAUGCCGACGAGCGGGAGAAGUGGGUGAGUCGCUUGGAGGACACGAUUCUGCGGCAUGGCAACAGGAGUCGCGGCAUGUGGGAGCCGCAGGGCAGCUUUCACGGCUCCAGCAACAGUUCAACGAAGCAACGUCCAAACUACCUUCAGGCCUUCGAUAGGAAGGUGUCUGAGGCCGAUGCAUAUCUUCAGCUGAUCAUUGACCAGACGGCCAGCAUAGAGCAGAGAAUCGCGGGCAUCGAGGACGCGGAGGAACGCAGCAAGUGCUUGGUGGUGCAGGAGCAGGCCAACGUCAUGCUGGAUCACAUCAAGCACUCAAUCGUGCUGCUGCAGAUUGCAAAGAACACGGCUCACCCCAUCAAUGGUGUGUAUCAGGGCCCGACUAGUAAAUUGGAGGCGACGAUUGACGUUGAGCAACCGCCAGAUUUGCCAAUUGAGACGGGAAUCGCUUUCGGCUCGGAGUGCAUUGAAGGCGGCAGUCGACAAUCAGUUCAGCAUAACUUUGAAUCUGCAACAGCUCUCAAUCUUCUAGUGCCAGAGACAUCGUAUUCCAGCUCUGAGGGCGAAGAGGACUUUUACGAUGCGAAUGAGGAUAUGCUGACGUGUAGCCAGGGAAAUAGUCCCACAUACAACACACGCUCCUUCCCAGAUUCUGUUGAUCCAGAAGUUGCGCCGAACUCGCGGAUUGUCACGGACAAAAAUGCGGAGAAUUCAACGUCAACGCCAUCGCAUGAGCGAAAGAGAUUGGGUUCAAGGCUGCCCAUCUGCACGGACGGCAGUCUGGACUAUGAUGCCCUGUACGAGGAUCAAUCGGACGAUGAUAUCUCGAUGGAGUCGCACGGCUCCGUUGUGACGCACUUGCUGUCGCAGGUGAAGAUUGGCAUGGACCUGACCAAAGUGGUGCUGCCGACGUUCAUCCUCGAGCGCCGAUCGCUGCUGGAGAUGUACGCCGACUACUUUGCCCAUCCUGAUCUGUUCAUUCGGAUUGCUGAUCUCAAGGAUCCGCGCGACAGGAUUGUGCAGGUGGUGAAGUGGUAUCUCAGCGCAUAUCACGCUGGGCGGAAGAGCAGCGUAGCCAAGAAGCCAUAUAAUCCGAUUCUGGGAGAGGUUUUCCAGUGUCACUGGAAUAUCGCUGAAAACAAUGAACAAGUAGACAAUGAACUAGUCUCCGAUGGUCCAGUUCCGUGGUGUAGCAAGAACCAAUUGACAUUCGUGGCUGAGCAAGUGUCUCACCAUCCCCCAAUUUCCGCUUUCUAUGCCGAGCACUAUGCGAAAAAGAUAUCCUUUGCGGCCCAUGUGUGGACCAAGUCAAAAUUCCUGGGCAUCUCGAUUGGCGUCCACAACAUCGGCCAGGGCAUUGUAACACUGUGCGACUUGAACGAGGAGUACAUUGUCACAUUCCCGAAUGGGUACGGGCGCUCGAUUCUCACUGUGCCGUGGAUCGAGCUGGGCGGCACAGUGACAAUCUCGUGCCCUCGCACCGGCUACCAUGCCGACGUAGAGUUCCUCACCAAGCCGUUCUACGGCGGCAAGAAGAACCGCGUGACGGCGGAAGUGUUCGCGCCCGGCGAGAAGAAGGCUUUCGUGAGCAUCGCGGGCGAGUGGAGCGGCGCCAUGGAGGCCAAGUGGAACGACGGCUCGCGUCACAAGCCGGAGGUGUUCGUGGACGUCAACAGCAUUCCCAUCUUCCACAAGAACGUGCGCCCGAUCGCCGAGCAGGACGACUCGGAGAGCCGCAAGGUGUGGAAGGAGGUCACGGCGGGACUCAAACUGAACGACAUCGAGCGCGCGACGGGCGCCAAGUGCAGCGUGGAGCAGAAGCAGCGCGAUGAGGCGAAGGAGCGCAAGGAGCUCGGCGUCGAGUGGGAGAAUAAGUAUUUCAAGGCCGUGGGCGAAAAUUGGAUCUACACAAAUCCACUUUCCCAGAGACUCUAUGCACAAUCGAAGCGCGAUAGGCGGUAGUUUAGAGUGACAGUGACGAGUCUGUGAGCGGAGCUCAGAGUUUUCUCCACACAUUUAUUAACGAAUUCGUAGUAAUUUACUUCUAUAUCAGAAGAGACAUACAUAGUAAAAGGAAAAAAAAGAGAAAAAUUGAUAAAAGCUGAGAGGAUGGAAAAAUGAUAAAUAUAGGAAAUUUAUCGUGGUAUUUUGACGAUGCAACACUUACAACACACACUAUUUUAUUGAAUGAGAGGUGAAACAAAUGCAAUAACUCAACCUUAUCUCUAAUUCUAAAGCAGAACUUUAACAAGAG